CCCCUCCCGUUUUGCCCUCCUCCCAUCAAGUCAACUCGGUUCACCAAAGUAGCAAAAGAUGUCUGCGACGGGCACGGGAGCGGGCGGUUGCGGAGCCGGAUCGGGUGCCGGCUCCGGUGCCUCGAAUCCCAGAAAGUUCAGCGAGAAGAUAGCCUUGCACACUCAACGACAAGCUGAAGAGACAGCCGCCUUUCGAGCGGUUAUGAUGGAUAUCACAUCGACCCGGUUACAGGCCCAGAAAGUGCGCUUGGCUAGAAGCCAGGGCCCAUAUUAUGGAGGCUCGUUGCCUAACGUCAACCAGAUUGGGAGAAACGCUUCUGAUCUCCAGGGAGCGCUUCACUCCAACCUGGACUCGAGUCGAUCCACGCGGCACCAUGGGCUCGUGGAGAGAGUGCAGAGGGACAGGAGGUUCAUGUCCCCAGUACGCCCCUACAGGAGACAAAUGGAGAGCUCUCCAUAUAACUCAGCGUACCUGUCUCCGCCCCCCGACCCCAGCUGGAGAAGGAACUGGUCCAACAACUUCCCCAUGGACAAAAACCAGUCGUUCCGACUUCCCACUACUGCACUCAACAGAACAAACUCAGAUUCCGCCCUGCACACCAGCGUCAUGAACCCAAACACCACUGAAAGGUUCGGCUCGGGCCACACACUGACCCCUCAGAGCAGGCUCAGCGGCAUGGCUGAGACAGAGGGCAGAAAGAUGUUCCCAUACCCAGUGCCCCCAAUUGAGGAGAACAUUUUAGAUGAGGGGAAGCUACCGAAGCCCUGGGACUCCAAGAAGUUACCAAUCCUUUCCUCGCGACCAAAAUCCUGUGAAGUCCCUGGUAUCAAUGUCUUCCCCUCCCCGGACCAGCAGUCCAGCAGCCCUCAUAUCCCCCUGGCCCUGAACACGGGGGGCUCCCUCCCAGACCUGUCCAGCCUGCACUUCCCCUCCCCGCUGCCCACGCCUCUGGACCCGGAGGAGCCGGGCUUCCCCUCCAUCAGUGGGGGCUGCAGCACCGGCAACCUGACCAGCACCCUUACCCAGCUGGGCAUCACCGCCGGCAACGCCUUCCCCUCAGCAGGUCUGUCAGCAUCUCUACAGGGGACUGCAUGUCAUUCCUUCCUUCAGUCAUCGCUUAGCAACCCCAACAUCAAAUCAUCUCUCAGCAGCCACUCCUUCCCUACGUCCCUUAGCUCCACCUCCCUGCACUCCUCCCUCAGCAACCCCUCCCUUCAGUCCUCCCUCAGCUCCUCCCCUUCUUUACAGUCCUCUUUCAGCAACCAAUCCCUGCACUCAUCGCUCAGUAACUCCUCCCUGAGUAGCCAGUCCCUCCCAUCAGCAGCCAGUAUUACUAGUUACAGCAGUGGCGUGGGAGGAUCAGGCUCCUGCUCCCCCUACUCUCCACUUCAGCCGCAGCUCAGCACGUCGCCACGGAGACGGGCUCAGCUCAGCCCACUCUCACUGCCCUUAAGUGGAGAGUCGCGACGCCACCACCCCAAGCAGUUCUCACCUACCAUCUCCCCCACACUCUCCUCCAUAACACAGGGCGUUCCUCUUGACACCAGCAAAUUGCCUAUGGACCAGAGGCUACCUCCUUAUCUCUACAGCCAACCCCAACAGCCACAGGCUGGUCCUCCAGUGUCCCAUCAGUCCAUGCAGAAGGGUCCGAUGUCCUCUCAAACAGGUCAAACAAUGCAGCAGCCGCAGUCUUCUCAGCAGGCUAUGUUACACCAUUCGAACCAGCAACAGCAACAGCUGCAUCAUCAUCAUCAACAGCAGCGCACUCACAUGCACCUUCAGAACAUGCAAGGCCUGCAGUGUGCGCCAAUGCAACACAUCCAGAGGUCGACCCAAAACCAGAACCAAAACCAGAACCAAAACCAAACCCAAACCCAGACCAAGGCCGAGGUUUCCAUGGACGCACAGGGCCAGAACUCUCAGCACUUGCAGCCGCAUCUUCGGGAGCAGAACAUGCAGAACCUGGGCACCCAGGAGCAGCAGCUCCAGAGCCUUCCACAGCUCCAGCACAUCAGCCACUCUCUGGCUGCGGAUCUGGGCCUGUACAGCGAUUCCUCGCUGUUGAACUCUCUGCUGGAUGACCCGUACCUGAGCCUGCAGCUCACACCCAGGCAGAGCCAGAACCUCUCCCAGCAGUUCAACAUGGAGCACCAAGCAGAAGGUCUGUCCUUCACCCACAGCUCGGGCUCCAGGCCCCUCCCCAGUAAGGGACAGGGCGGGUCCUCUGCUGACCAGGGCUCCGUGGACUUCCAGAAUUUGGGCGACCAGCAGCUCCUGAACACCCCAAACCAGAACUGUAGAGGCGGGGGACACCACAACGUUCCUAACAUUAUCUUGACUGGUGACUCCCCGCCUGGGCUGUCCAAGGAGAUCACCAGCGUCCUGUCAGGAGUUCCGGGGUUUGAGGUGGACCCCUUUUCCCUGGACGACCCCCUGCGGAUGGACCCCUUGGCACUGGAGGGGCUGGGCAUGCUGGCCGAAGGGGACCUCAUGCUAGCCGACCCGGCUGUGGAGGACUCCUUCCGCUCUGACCGGCUCAAGUGACGGAGGCGGGAGGCGGGAGGCGUAGGACAGGAUCGGGGUUGGUUAGGGGAAAGCCUGGCUCCUCCCCGAUUGGCUGUUGCAGGAUCCGUGCAGUAUGGAUGUUUGGUGAAUGUUUGAAUCUGUCUGUUCGGAACAACAGUCGUUCUCCGAACGGAGUGGCCAGUGAAAUGACUGAACAAUGCAAAAAGAAAUGGGACCUCAGGAGGUUUUUCAGCCGAGAAGUUGGAUCCUGUUGAGAUUUUUGUAUGCCAGCACCGAAUUUAAUUGUCCUUGUGUCGCUUGAAAAAUAUUUAGGCCAUAUGGUAUGCGUUUAACUGCAUGUUAACAAAUGCACUUGAAGCAAGGCAGAAAAUGGUAAUUAUACAGCAUGUGAUGUUGGCUUUUUAUUUAUGAGUCUACAUGGGGUAAACACACCACUCUGACUGCUAUGCGAUUAAUCUUCUUUCCAACCCUAUCAAGUGAGGUCUGUUAUCCGAAAUGUUCUCUUGCUGCUGGUUCUUGCCAUUAAUAAUUUCGCUAAACGGAGAUUCAGAGCAUAGCAGUGAGGCUGAAAGACAAGCAGACAUUGUCUGUUCCUGGACCAACAACAGGAUUGGGAUGAGUUCUUUUGAACAUGUCUGCUUAUAGCACCCCUGCUCUUGCUAUACAAAAUUAGCUGGUCUUCAAUGCAUGUUUCUAGGUUUUUCUCUGGGAACCCCAUCUCUGACCUGCAACAAUAUUGAUUCGUCAGCCCCUUCUGACAGAUCGGCUGAGCUCGUCAAUAAUGAUGAGCUUAGGUGGGCUGAACAGCUUGUUCUUGCCAUUAUGUAUUAUGUUCUGUUCUUAUUCAGAGAGCCAGUGACAAUAUGUAAAAGUUGUGAAAUGCAUACAAAUGUAAUUAUGUAUGCUUUGGAAUCGAUAGCAUUGUGGGUGUUGUCUCUUUCUCUCUGUGGAGAUGGGACCUCUGGGGGGGGAGGGGGGGUGUUGGGUAAUCCCCGCUACUGUGACCUGCUCCAAUGCUCCCUUUCAUUUAUCUGUACAUUUUGCACUCGGGUAUUCCAGACUGAAGGCCAUAAAGAGAUAGUGUAACAUUUUUUAAGUAACAAAAUAGUAAUUAUUAUUCAAAUCUAUAUUUUUUAACAAAGUUGGAUAUAUACACAGUAUAUAUGUAGAGAUAGAUACAAAGGAAGAAAAGCCUAAUAAUUUACUGUUGCGUGUAAUAACUACACAACCAAGCAACUGCCUUCGAAAACAGAGCUUUCGUCUGUGUUAUUUAAAGCAGCCGUUUUGAAUGGCUGCGUCUGCUAUGUCAGUUCCCUGCUAUGUAUGUUGUGUGAACACAUGUUUUGUGAUGGUCCUUUGCUGUUGUGGCACAGCGCCAGCCUAGACAUUCUCAGUAGUGUCACGUCCCCAUGGCUCAGUGGAAUUGCCUAAGAAGAGCUAUCAGGGGGAUUGUGCUUUCAAACUGCAUGACCUCACCGCUGAAGCAGCGAAUGCAUGUUUUGAAGCCAUUCCUUUCUUUCCAUGUUUUCUGCCUCUGGAAUAUAUUAAAAUGUGCUGGUGGAAAAGCUUGCAUUCAAUUGGAAUGUCAGACAGUGGCAUGGAAAUGUAUUAAAUUCCCUGUCAUUUAGAAACAGGAUGAGAAUGGAUUUGGCCCUUCAUGUUCGGCUGAAGAGCUAAGUUGGCACUCGUGCAGAAACACAAUCCAUCCAUAAGCUAUUGUGAUCGUACCGUACCAUUUCUUUCUCUUCCAUCAGUCAGUCAGAUGAAAAAAAAACCCUGUUCAGUGCAGCAAUUAAUGAAAAAGUACCUUUAAUUACCUUCAUGAAAUCCCUGCAACUAGUGACCAGGAACUGUGUGCUGUUUCUGAUGAUUGUCUAUAAUGAAUGGGCUCUUGGAAAAUAAUGCCAGUAGCAGUAAUGGUCGUGGCAUUAGAGUGCCAACUGAGCUCCACUGUGCAGCCCCUCAUCCCUUCUCCAUUCUCCCAACACUGCCACCACAGUUGUGUUCCGCAUAAUUUCAUGUGAAAACCAGUAUUGCCCCCAUUACCCCUGUGCAUCCCUGUGUCGCUGCCUACUGUGUAGGCAAAUAUUCUGGCGAAUCAUGAGUUAAUGUUGUUUAUGUAAUGAUUGUGAUUUGAAAUGUGUGUAUGGAGCUUGAGAGAAACGUCUGAGUCAUAGAUUCAGCCGUCUGAGAGAAUACAGAUGUGGUAGAAGAGGUCAGGGGGCAUGUGAUGAAAUGCGUAGGCGACAGAGUGUCCUGCAGUUUGUUGCUAAGUGAGAGAUUAACGUCAGAAUUCUGAUUUUAAAAGAUGGCAGAUCAACGAAAAUGGUUUUAAAUCGAAUGGAAGCCUUGAAUCGUCUGCUUUACUAUCUGCUUGACAUUGUCCUGUUUCUCCCAUGUUGUACACUGUGAGUUUUUCUUUCGCUUGUUGUUUCAAUCUUAACAGCACUCCCUACCUGGAAUAUAGUAAAUGUACUAAAGCUGGGAGGAUUAGCUUAGCAUAAAACUGUGGAGCCAAUUAUUGUUGCACUGUGUUAGUAGCUUGACCUAUCCUUCAUGAACAAAGUGUUCAUAGUGAACUCUCUGCAGGACUAGAGGAAUGGGGCAUGUAGCAGAAACAGGGUUGGGAUCUUGCAGGUUGUGGGGAAUGACAGCGGUGUGGAAACCGAGGAAGAGGCACAGGAGAAUAUGAAGUACUGUGUGAGGUAGGGCUCAGCGCAGGCAGCUGGCCUCAUACCUUGACUGUGUUUUGCAGCUGAUGUGAAAGCAGACCCUGAGUGCAGAGGUUUCUCAGUACACUUUUAUUAUGCAUUUUCCAGUACCGUAUGCUGAAGGGUGAAAUUCUGCUCCACAGAAUCUAAACUUGUGGCCGUAUAGCCUAUUGGCCACAGGUGAAAAUAUAAGCAUAUUGCUUUACGUGAUUCUUGCAUGCCGUCAGCUUGUUCAUUCUGUGAUUGUGCUGAAUGCCAAGACCUGUGACUGCUGGUGUCACAGUGCAGGUUUUUCAUGGUAUUGUCAUUUUCAGGAGGCUGCGUAUAAUACAAAGUGACACACUGCCAAAUUUGUGUUUAAAAAGACCUUGAAUAACCUGAAUGAUUAAGUUACUGAUUAAAAACAAAAACAACUCUUUAAUGGCAUUAACAAUCACUCUUAAAAUAGGCCAUUAUGUCUUGUGUAAAUUUGGUACCAUAUUAGAUUCUGGUGAAUUGGAACAAGUGGCUUAUAAAUUUAUGUGAAGACACAAGAGUACCCUGCAGUUUAGGGUUAAGUCCCCAGUAACUCCUUAGUCCUGAAAAGGCCCUAGGGAUAUGCAAUGAUUUAACUGUUUCACCCUGUACUACAGUGACAUAGAAUUUCAGUACCUAUUCUCUGCCAAUAGAUGUAGCUGUCGAGCAGCAAAAAAUGUGAUUCAUGGGAUGAUAAGACAAUGGCCAUGUUUUCUUUUUUUUACUGACGUUAUUAUUAAUUGCUGUAAUUGUUAUUUUGUAUUGUUUGCUCAUGUAUUUUUAUAAGUUUCCUUUUUGGUGGAUAAGGAAAGUGCUUCUGUGAAAACUAUAUUUUCAUUUGUGUUAAUUUUUGAAUUUUAAUAACCAGGGAAAUUAUGUCUGUUGUAUAUAAUAAUCUUGAAACAUAGGUGCUUCUUAAACCUAACAAAUGUUUUUUUUAUUAAGUAAAUGCUAUAUUCACAAUAUUUUACAAGAAAAAAUAAAUUCGAUAAAAGGUAUAUGUAUGGUUA